AUCGCAAGGACAGACUGGAUGAGUUUUACGUGACCGCGACGUGUUAUUAUCUCAUGCCGGACACAAGGACGGAGAAGAGUUGGCAUUAAAAUAAAACAACACUCAGCGGCCGAAAGAGGAGAAGAGAAAGUUGAGGAUUCUUGGUUGACUCGGUGAAAAGUGACGGAGGAGACAACUGUCUCUAUAAGAGGUAGCGACCUCUCACCAUGCAGCACUACGGGGUGAACGGCUACUCUCUGCACGCCAUGAACUCCCUCAGCGCCAUGUACAACCUGCACCAGCAGGCCGCGCAACAGGCGCAGCACGCGCCCGACUACCGGCCCUCCGUGCACGCGCUCACACUGGCAGAGAGACUAGCUGACAUCAUCCUGGAGGCUCGCUACGGCUCUCAGCACCGCAAACAGCGCCGGAGCCGCACGGCCUUCACCGCGCAGCAGCUGGAAGCGCUGGAGAAGACUUUCCAGAAGACACACUACCCGGAUGUGGUGAUGAGGGAGCGGCUGGCCAUGUGCACCAACCUGCCAGAGGCCCGUGUGCAGGUUUGGUUCAAAAACCGCAGAGCCAAGUUCCGUAAGAAGCAGCGCAGCCUGCAGAAGGAGCAGCUCCAGAAGCAGAAGGAGGCGUCAGGGGAAGGAGGAAGUGAGAAGGAGGAGGCACCUCCCUCCACCACUAUCCUUCCUGACACCCAGCUCCCUCCUUCAUCCUCCUCCUCCUCCUCCUCUUCUCUGGAGACCGAGGGUCCUGUAGUUCAUCCUGUACCUCUGGACAUGGAGCUGAACGUCACGUCAGCAGAACACUCUGGCAGCGAGUCUGCUACAGAGGACAAUGCCACAGAUAAGGAGGACGAGAGUAAAUCUCAGAGAGAGGAGAUGAAGUGUGAGAGAGCAGUGACUCCUGAGGACGUCUCUCCAGGCUGCAAAAGACUCAGUCCUAAACCAGAUUCCCCCCUGAUCUCUCCAUCUGUGACCCCGUCCUCUUCCUCCAGCAGCGGCCUGGCCAGCAGCGCUCCUCUCCCUCAGAGCCACUCUUACUCUUCCUCCCCCCUCAGCCUGUUUCGUCUGCAGGAGCAGUUCCGCCAGCACAUGGCCGCCACCAACAACCUGGUGCACUACCCUGCCUUUGACCUGUCUGCCCCGUCUUCACUCCCCUACCUGGGAAUGAAUGUCAACAUGCCCCCCGCGCCGCUGGGCUCUCUGCCCUGCCAGUCUUACUACCAGUCGCUGUCGCAUCACGCCCAGCAGGUGUGGAACAGCCCGCUGCUGCAGGCGUCGGCUGCAGGCGGCCUCACCAGCCACAACAGCAAGACCACCAGCAUCGAGAACCUGCGUCUGAGGGCCAAACAGCACGCUGCCUCGCUGGGACUGGACACAAUGUCUAACUGAGAAUCAGAUUGUAUGGAGGACAGUGUAAACUGGGCCAGAGCCUCGGCCCACACAUCACCACAUCCCACUGCGUGUCUGUGUGACUGUGAUAGUUCUUUAGGAGCCGUGUGCUGACCCCUCAAGUAGAUGGGCACAGAACAUGCAGAGAUGUCCAAAAAUACAACAUGCCAACAUGCACUGGACCUACAGAACUACAUUAAACAGCUUUUUAAGGCAGCCCACACAGCUCGUUUGACUCCUCUUAGCUUCCGUUGCAGCUCAAGGUCCAGAAGUAUAACCAUGGGAAAAGAGAGCCCAUAAGAUACUGAAACAUGCUAAAAUAAUGCGACGGAUCAAUGUGAAGGAAUGUUUCGACUCAGAGGACAGUGAACGCAUCCGUGACUCAUAUGAUAAUGUUUCCAACAGACACGUAAUGCUGGACCUUCUGAAUUUCAAAAAGAAUUUUAAAAAAUUAUCACUGAAAAUGAUACACAGCUGAUUAUGGAUGCACUCGGUUUAAAAGACAAUGCAAAUAAUGUUUACAAGAAUAAUGUGAAUAAAUGAGGCACUUUUGAAGGAAUUGGGCUCGCUGGCCAGGAGGAAAAAGGUAACGCUCGCGCAGCAAAGAGACCAUUUCUGUCACAGGACCAUUGACAUUUCAAUUAAGCAACGUGGUUAUGUACAUAGCAUGUACUACAUAACAGCACACAAAUAUAAAUAAACUGCAAGCCAUGUUGUCCUCAACAGCAUAAUUAAAAGUGACUAAUUUACCAGUUUAAUGGCCAGUAAUAUGCCACUUUGUACAGAGGCUGGCUUGAUAAUGAGAAAAUGAUUUCAGUGACUAAAUUCUCAAAGCUUUUAAUUACAUUUUGCCCUGGGCUGAGGGAGCUGGGGCAAAUGCAAUUAUGAACAUGCAUACCAUUUAAGACCGCCUUUACAAAUUCAAAAAGGUCUGUGCACUAAAAUGGUCAAUUACGAUUGACAUCAGUUUACCAUGAGGUGAUCAAUUUCCUUUGAAUACAAAAUGAUAUGGUAAACAAAUUUGGAUAAAUUACACAGUUAUUCUCGCCUUAAUAAUCUCUUGAGGAAACAUGCAGCUUUUCAUUGAAAGUCACACUGACUGUUAGCACUUGAUGAGGAGAAUCACACACGUCUCUGAUGUUUUCUGUUAAUGUGUUCUUGAAGAUAAUGUCUUCAUAUGGAAAAAAAAUGCACAUUAUUUUAAUAUGUAAAAUACAAAAAGUCUAUCUAUUAAUGUUCACUGGUAAGGUAAUUGUAAAGUUCAUAUUAUGUUGUAUAAUUGAUUAUGGACUCCUUUAGCUGUCAGAUUGUAAGAUUGUAUUUGCUGAGCUCACCGGCAGCCCCGUCUAACCCUCCUCUCUUGGUUGUCUGUGUAACAAUCCUGGCUUCAAUUCAUACUGAAUGUGUUCAGUUUCUUCUCUGAAAGUGGGCAAACUUCAGUGAAUUGACCCGAGUCCUCUGUGUACUGCUGUCUACUUGAGUUCUGUUGUUGCUAUUAUUCUAAUGCUGUCCCCCAACUGUCUCUGUCAAACUACUUGGUCCAGUGGUAGAUAGAUUUAUAAUGGUGGAGGCGGAGUGAGCGGACCAUCAGCAGUGUUGUUUCCUUUACUCCUCCCUAACAAUGUAGACUUGAACUAGUGUUGUUGUAAAAUAAUCGCAAAUAAAAACAUUGCUUGAAGAUCUUUAUAA